AUGCAUGGCUUAAUCUUUGAGACAAGCAUAUGCUACUGGCAGGAUCAACCAGGUAGGGGAGCGCGGGCGAGCCGGAGCCCGGGGACACACGCUCCUCCCUCCGGAGACUGGAGACGGCGACAGGGAGAGAGGAACGGAGGACGCACGCGGGAGGCCCGCGGGGAACCGGACCGACGGCCGCCCACACGCUCGCGGCGAAGCCGGAGGGGGCACACGGGAGAGAGAGAGAGCACGGGCGAGCGACGGACGUGGCCCACCCCCUCACCUCCGGGCCUCACGACUACACACGCGGGCGGGCGGACAGACCGGCAAAGCGGCGUAGGGCACCCGCGGGCACCACCAGCGAACGAACCAACGAGUCUCCUCCAGCUUCCCCUUCCCGCCUUCCAAGCCGGGGGGAGCGAGCGAGGAACACGGGCACCAGGCGUCCGUCCGUCUCUCACCGGGACCCGGACGUCCGACGAACGGCGGGGGCGCGAGCGAGGGCGGGCAUCGGGACCCGGCACCCCCAACCAAGCAGACGGCAGCGGGAAGAGCCGCGAGGUCGGUCGGGCGAGGGACGCCGGCGGCGGGCGAUCCCGGGGGAGAGGCGCGGGAGACGCACCCCAGAGGCGGGGUGACAGUCCCGACACGCGCUUCCCCCGACCACCGGCCGGCAGGCAACCACCACCGCGAGACAGGCGGGACCCUCCGAGCACCACACAACGGGGCAAGCGCGGACAGGCUGACCGGGGGCACACGCGAGGCGCGCGCGGGACGGGAGGGCGGCACGCAGACCUCGGCCCCGGGGACCGAGGCCGCCGACAGCGGCCGGGGAAGACCGGGUACCCCAACACACUGACACCCGGGGGAGGGACGCCGCCCAACCCGACAACGCGGCACACACCCGCGCGACGCCGCCGGCGCGGAGCAGGCGGGGACAGGCACGGGAACGGGGACCCGCAGCGGACCCAACGGCAGCGACACGCCGGGGAGGCGCGCCCCGGGUUCGUGGAAACGGAGGUCAGAGGCUCGCUCGAGCGACCGGAGACAGGGGCGACACGGGCAAAAGCCAACACGGCGGGCGGAAGUGGCGCGGGAACCCGAGGGCGUGUUCCCCGAGGAGGCAACCGGGAGAGGAACGGGGCGACGGCUGCGGGUCCGCGGCCGGCAGCCCCCCGCCGGGGACCGCGGCGCGGGAAUCUCACCGCCGGCACCCCCGUGGUGCGCUGGCGGUCCCGCGGGCGGAACCCUCCCGUCGGGAGCCAAACCGAGCCGGGACAGCCACCGGCCGCCAGCCACGUCCUUUCCCCGGGGCGCACAAGCCAAGCCGCACGUCCCCCACCAACCACGCGCCCGGCCCCGACCGUCACACGGGGGCCGGCCACCAGGGCCCCAAAACGGGGAGGAUCGGGAGGCGACGUGGAGUUGGGGGAAACCCCAGAGGCCCAAGGGGCCUCUCUCAAGAGGGGGCAAAAGACCCAAGGCAGGUCAACCCGCCGGGCGAAUGAGCAGCGGCAGGGCAGGCAAGGGCGCCCCCCCCAACGGGAGGGGGGCCGAGAAAAGCCCGCUCACGUGCCCGCCAAAAGCCACAUCCAAGCCCAGGGUCUGAGCAGCAAAGGUGCCAGCACAUCGCGUACCCUUUUCACGCGCCGGGACUUUUCCACAUGUCACCUCGUCUCUCGGGCCGCCCCGGCAGAGGCCACAACACACCGAGUUCCCCGGCUCCCGGUGGGGCGGAAAACCACCCGGCGGGGCAACCAACCGCGGCCCGGCGGGCCCCAGGACACCGCGGAACCCGCGCACACGCGACGCCAACGGCCCGGAAGGCCAACGGAUGCACACGGAGGUGGCGCGGAGGCCCGUAAGCUCAAGGAGGGGGGAACGACAGACACCCUCGCAUCGACAGGCAACUCGGGCCCGACCCGCGCACGGCAGGAGGGUGGGGGAAGCCGGGUACACCCCCAACGCGGCACACCACACCGCCCAAGGACGCCGGGCCCGGGAGAGGCCCCGCGGGAUCCUCCCCCUGUCGGAGAGGGGAGGCGCGGGCACACACCUUUAACGACAUCGGCGGCCGUUAAUGCUCGAGAGGGAAGAGCGAGACAGGGGUGGCGGCCGAGCCGCGGGGGCCCAUCGGGAGCAGCCCCCGCCAACCCCGCAGCACACCGCCCCCUGGCAAAGAAGCUCCGGGGAGGAUCGCUAGAGAACUCUCUCACCCUGAGGGCGGGCCGCACCCUGCCCGACGGGACCCGCCGGCGCCACCACCAAAGGCGCCUGUCCACAAUGAGGCGGCAAGGGGGGGUCUGCGGCACCGGCAACGCGGCAGAAGCGCCCCACGGGCGCGAGAGGCAAGGAUGCCCCCCCAUCGGGACCGCCUCGACCCCCUGGAAUGUCAUCGGCUCGGCGAUGACCUCCCUCGCUCAAGCCCCACAGGAACAAGGACAGCCGGGACACGCCACGGGCGGCACGGCCGGCACAGGGAAGCCAGCCGGGGAAGGGAAACGACACCACUACUCAGCCUCGGGCACCUCGCAGACCGGCCGGGAGCGCUCCAGGAGCAACGCAAGGGGACAGGACGGUGCGCGUGGCUUCUCGAGCCACCGCACGGGCGUGCACACGGGGCACAGGCACUCCCUCUCCGCGGAGAGAACCGACCCCGCGGCAGGACAAGCCGCAGGAGGAGGGGAACGGGAUCAGAGUGCCACCCUCCACGAGCGAGCAAGUCCCCGACCUCGCAGCAAGGGCAGGGAGAGCCUUAGGCCCGGGCCCGAAGGAUAUCGCAAGGCCACCACAUCGAUCAACAUGUUCGCGGGAGGAAGUGAAAAAGCAGCCAGCCACCCGCAGCGCAGCACUCGGGAGUGCUGCGUGCCCAAGGAGCGCACGCCCUCUGUCUCGGAGAGGGCCGAGAGGGGAGGGCGGGACCCCGAGGACCGGGCAAGAAUCAAAAAGCAGAAGAGGCGAGAAAAGCUGUCGGAGGGGGCAAACGCCGGCCCCCCGGCCCGGCGAAGGUCGCGGGAAGACCACCCCCGUUGGCAGGUGGCAGGCACCGCAACAACCAGCCACACAGCACCACGAGCCACCACAAGGACAGGACCUGCUCAGGGCGGCGGGAGCCCGUGGGGACACGGCGGCAAGGAGGCGCAAGCAGACAGCCUGCCUUCCUCUUGGGUGACCCACAAACCAGGCCCGCCCGGUGACAGUCACCGGUUCCCACCCAACCUGUUGUUGCACCGCAAGCAUGUUCUGCCCCGGUCCCUCGGCUAUUUCUAG